GGAACGAUCAAAAGAUACACGUGCAUUCGCAACACGGUCACGACUUAAGUUCAGAUUUACUGCAUCUUGGAUACGUGGAUUUCGGAAGAGUAUCACCGUCGAUAGUGCGUGAGUGCGUGACGCUGUUUAUACCUGACUUCAUGAAGAGAAGGUGAUAUUCUUCCGGGUAACAGAAGGUGUUCUUCGGUUAUGCUUGCAAACGCGUGGACCAUUUUUUACACCGAUCAAAGGUCUGGAGAAGACUGAACAGUGGCGGCGAGGUUGGUGGCCUCUUGGGCCGGCCAUGGGGGAUAAGACAUGUUCUCCGAGUUGUGCCGGGAGACACUCAGGAAGGCUGCGGUAUGCUACAGUUCUGGAAGAUCGGCGAGUCCCUCACCGUCGCCGCCGAACUCGCCGCCAUCAUCUCCCGCCAAGGAAGCCAAGUCCUCUGCCAAUCUUCAAUUGGCAAAUGCUACUACAUCCGCAGACCUCAAGGACACCUCUGCUCCAUGCAGAAGGACCGUCGUCACGCCGCCAACUUCCAUAUCCAAGGAAAGGCGGCCUGCUACUCCGACUGACUUUUCCGGAAGAAGAUCACCAGGGAUCGAGUACAGGGAUGCUCGAAGAUCCAUCUACGCCUCUUCACCUGAACGUAGGCGCAACGAAAUCGUUCGCGGUACAACUCCGUCGCCAGGAACAUCUCCGGAACCCAUUGAUGAGGCUUCAACUUCGGAGGAUGAAGCUGGAGCCGCUCCUGAGGAGGCUAGCCACAGGUCCAGCUCUGCACACAAUCGCCACUCUAUCCCUAAGGAUGUGAAGCGUCGCAGCCUCUACGAUGAAGACUCCCUUGACGGCGACAAUUCCUACGACGUUCAAGGGCGGGAGUCAGUCGGGAGCGCCAAAGAUACGGAUAGAGUAAAGCUGGUCCGUGACCGACAGAAUGAGGAACGACAACGUAAGCUCGAGGAGCUUAGACAACAGGCCCUUGCUGCCCAACGGUUCAGGGAACAGCGCGAGGAAGAACGACGGAAACGAAUCGACGAGCUUAGGUCGCGCGACAACGACAGGCGGAAUCAGGUAGAAGAAAGGAAACGAUUGAUAUGGGAGGCAGAGCAGGAACGACGCGAGGCUAUUUUGCGGAAGAAUCAGGAAAGAGAGGCUCGGAUCGAAGCGAAGAAGAAAAAUGAAAAGUCACAGAUCGUCUUUGCCUUCGGUAGCUCGACGCCCCGGAUGCUCGAGCCCGCGGAUACCGGCGGUUCGACAUUCUGGGGUACGCGAAGGGCCACCUCGACUACCAAUGUCAUGAUGUUCACAGCCGCUCAACCUCUCACGAGGCGGUCAUCCGAGAGAGAACUUGACGGCAGUAAGAAGAGAGCCACGUCUGCCGGUGGACUAGACCGCAAACCCGGCGAAGAUAUGCGAAUGUCUUCCUCAAUGUACGAGGUGUUCAAUUGGAACGCUAGUUCUGAUCACCAUCCUCCCUUAACUCCUGCAAAAACAAAGAGAGCCAGCCUCUCUCUGCCUCCUACAUGCACCACCGACGUCUUUGACAUCGACCAUAAGCCCGCUGUUCAAGGUAGAGAUUCUAGGCCUGCAACGAUCGUUAAUCAGCGAGCAGUCAGCGGUGAAGACAGCGACGGAACACCCGGAACUCCGAGUUCGGCAUACCUCAGAGUGAACAGACGGCGCACAGAUCUAAUGCCGACCAUACCGUCCCCCCGAGAUGUCGUACCUUCGACUGGACGUAGCUCCAGUGCCAAGGCUUUCGCACGAUCACCAGGUAGGACUUACUCCAUGUCCAGGCUGGACCAAUUAUCACAGCCUAGAAAACGUCCCAGCGAGCUUAGCACACUGGCCGAACAACAGUCCCAGCCACUCGGGGCUUCUAGCAUGAGUCGCAGCAUGUCUCACUUGGCUGCAGCUGGAAUCAAAUCCCUUAAGCGAUCCGAUAAUUCUCGUAGUAUGGGUACUUUGCCAGGCUCAGUACCUACUCCAAGACCAACCAGAGCAGAAAGAUUGCGACGUAGAGCUCGCGAUCAGCAGCAGCAGCAGCAGCAGCAGCAGCAACACCAACAACAGCAACAUCAACAACAGCAGCAAGGUAUUCGCAGCGGGGAGGUGACUCCGAGCAGCCCGUCGCGACCCCACAGCUCCUUGAGCCAGCAGAGCGGGAGCAGCGUAGGGAGCAGUAAUGUCAGUCUGCGCCCUCGCACAACAACCCCGCGUCGUCCACGUCCCGCUUCCAUCGCCGGAACUGGUGUUACUGUCACAGAGCGACACAACUUUAUUGGGGAUCUCAAAGUGACGAAAGACUCGAAGCCUCCACUGCCAAAAGUUCACAGCACUCCAAAGAAACCGUCGACGCCCAAAGCUGUUGGUGAAAAUGUAGCCAAGAAACCGAUAGACAAAUUGAUCAAAUCCACUAAAGCAUCACCUAGAAUAACUCCGAGAGCUACACCUCUUCAGAGCCCAGGCACCGAACAUCCCCCCGUAAUUCAAACGAACGUUGCUGAAUUCAUCAAGCAGGAAGAACAGACUGAGAUUAAAAACGGUGAUCCGGAGAUCAUUGAAAAACACGAGGAGAAACUCGACUAUGGGACUGAAAAAAUAGAAAUUAAGCAGGAGUCCACUACGUUGAAGACAAACAUUAGCAACGAAGUGACGACUGAUGUGAUACCGGACGCUCGACCUGUCAAAGCAGAGCCAGCAAUUGUACCGGAACUGUCAAAGGAAGAGAAAGAGAAGGACUCGAAUCCCUCUAAGGAUCUUCUAGCUCCGCAAACUCUGCCCGAACCAGUUGCACCAGUUGUACAGGCAGCGGUCAAACCUGAGAAGAAGGAGGAAAAGAAGGAGGAAAGAAAGGUGGAUAAAAAAUCUCCAGAGCCAGAACUGAAGCCUGAUGCUGAAAGCGACGAACCUGUCGAUAUGACAGCUUCUAUGAUAGCUAAAACGCGAAUCACAACGGAGGAAGAAGCCAAAGCAGCUUUGGCUGAACGUCGAAGACUUGCUCGAGAGCAAGCAGAGCGUGAAGCUGAACUGGAACGGCAAAGAAUUGAGGAAGAAGCUCGCCUUGAAAUGGAGCGACAGCGUGCGGAGGAAGAGGAGCAGCGUCGGCUUGAAGAAGAGUCAUUGAGAUUGGCAAGCGAGGCUCGUCAGGCUGAAGAACAACGACUAAGACUGGCUAUUGAGGAAGCUCAACGGCGAGAAGAAGAAGAUCGUAAGAGACGAGAAGAGGAGGCUCGCCAGAAGCUGGAAAAAGAAGAAGCUGAGAAAAAGGCUCGGGAAGAAGCUGAAAAGCAACGAAUCGAAAUGGCUGAACGCCUGAAGAAGGAGGAAGAGGAAAGAAUUGCGAGACGGAAACGGGUCGAGGCAAUAAUGCUAAGGACUAGAGGAAAAAAUCAACCCAACACACCGACAAAGGGUGAAGGUGGAGACGGAGAUAAGCUAAAAGAGGACAGCCCUGGUGACGAUAACAAGGGAAUGUCUGGCGAGAAAGGUGGCGAUGUAAUGACGGCAAGUCUGAUAUCAGAGGCAACGCAGCAGUUUAUUGCUGGUGAACAGCAAGCUCUUCACAUCGAACACAAUUCGCUAUCAACAGCAGCAACAACAACAACAACAACAUCAAGCACUACGAUUCAGGCUCCGAAUCCCGACACUUUCUUGCGGAACGGAACUCAUAGCAACGGCGUUAACGGCGGUAGCAAUAAUUUACUGCUCAUCGAUAACGCCCAGGGUAACGGCGAGGGUGAAAUCAACGGACAUAAUCACACGAAUCAUGGAAAUCACGGAAAUCAUGGGAACGGCGUUAAUAGCCUCAUGAACGAACCAAUACCACUAGACAACGCGGCUUCUGUCAAGCAAAACAACGCGACGAACAACCUCUUAGAUCUGUCGGAGUUUGACACUAUGAGUAAUACGAGUAGCGGUGCUAUCCUUGACCUGACGCCCAAGCUGGCAAAUGAAGAUUCUAUCAACUCAAAUCUAAACCCUACGGCUACAGCUUUCAAUCCCUUGGCGAGUCCGUUUGUGCCGGCUACCACCGGAAUGAACGCAAAUGAUAAUACCAACCCCUUCCUUCAGGAUACUUUUGGGAAUAACAAAACCCAGGACAACAAUCAAGUACCAGAUCUUCUAUCGUAGGCAAUUUGUCAUGGUAGAAGCGAUGGUGAUAAUUGACUGGAGUUUAUAAAAUAAAUGAAGUAAGAGGAGAAUGAAAAAGAAUCGUGAAUGAAAGCAUUAGCCAAGAGUUUUUAUUCUCUUUCUUCUAGUGAAUAUAAUUACCUGCAACUUGCCACCUGUGCAAGUGCUGAGAGUAAUAAUUAUAAUAAUAAUAAUGAUAAUAAUAUUAUAUUAAUAAUAAUAAUUGAACCGGCUUAAUUGUUUGCGGUAAUGUAAAUAAACGCUAAUAAUGUAAUAAUAACUAUACUUGAAAUAGAUGAUGAUUAUGAUAAUCGACGAAGAUGACGAAUAUGAUGUUGAUGAGGAUGAUGAUUGA